AAAGUCAACACUCCCACUCAUCUCCUCUCAUCUCUUUCUCAAAAAUUCAAAAUUGAAAGAACAGAUGGAAACCCUAACAGACUAGCCGCCGCACCCACCACAACCACUGGAACCGCCGCACCCACCGCAACCCCACAACCCCGCGUAACCCACAGACACUGGAUCUCCUCUGCUCGAGCGUGCUUUCUCUCUGUUCGCCGGUGUCGCACCGUGGAAGCUCCGUCGUCGUCGCAGGAACUGUGUCGCCGUCGUAGGAAGCUCCGUCACCGUCCUAGGAAGCUGUGUCGCCGUUGUAGGAAGCUCCCUCGCCGUCGCGUGGAAGCUCUGUGGCCGUCACCGUCUCCCCUGUUCAAGCGCUCUCUCUCUCUCUCUGUGUUCGCCGGUGUGGCCGUCUCCUUUGUCGUCGCCGUCACUCCCCUUCCUCCUCGCUGCCGGGAAGCAUCUUCAAGUUUCAGGUAUUCAGGUAUUCUUAAUUCUUGUAUGAACUGAACUAUGAACUCUUCACCUAGUUUGGCGCCUGCGCUUCACAGUCACAGCUGGUCUUCACUUCACUUCUCCAGAUGUUAUGGCUGAUAUUGAUCCCCACACCUUGACCUGCCACGCCUGCGGAAACGUCGGCCUCGUCGACGGCGAUGACGGAUUUUUCUACUGCAACCGCUGCGGUUCCCGCUCCGAGGAUGUUGUCGACACCGCCGUCGACGACAACGAUCUCUACAAAAGCGGCGGCGCCUCCGCCGGCAUAUACCUCGCCAGCCAGCAGCGCUAUCGAACUUCAACCGUCGGAAUCAAAGCGGAGCCAAUCUCCCAGUACGACUCACAAUCGGUUCUCCUCCGCAACCUCAGGUUGGACGACGACGACAACCAAACCCCUGGCCGGAGCAACGCCGUCGAGGUGAAGAGAGAGGAGGAGAAUUACGCUCCGCUUUUCGGCGAUAUUCACUCUGUUCCCGAAGAUUUUGCUGACGUGGCUGGCUCCAAUGUUCUGAGCUUUGAGGAUUACCAGAAUGAAGUUAGGAUGAGGUACGUGUUAGGGUUGCAGAUUAUGGUUCAGCUUCAGUGUGAGGCGUUGGUUAAGGAGUUCAAGGUUACGCCUUUGAUUUGCGGGUUGAUGCAGCCAAUUUGGUUGAGGUUCGUGUUCGGAACUGGUGUCUUCAAUGAUGAUUGGGCUGAUCAAGUUAUCCAUGACUCUGAGAUGCAGCAUGAAGAAGAAGAACCCAAAGAUCGUAAGACAUGGGCUAAAUACAGAGAUGAACCCUACAAUUUAUAUGGUCAGCGUGCCGUGAUGAUAUGGUUCAGGGCCUUAAAGAAAAGGAUUCCACCAUCCUGUACUCUUGCUGUUUCUUUUCUGGCAUGUCAUGUUGCAAGGGAACCUGUCCUGCCAUCUGAUUUAAUCAAGGGGACACUGGAAGGGAAGAUUCCGUAUAUUUCUGCAUUUGUUGAAAUUGAAAAGCGUCUUGGACGGCCAUCAAGUGCAUGCCCUAUUAGUUCAAGUGUGAUGUUCAAGCCUCAGCGAGUUCUUAUGGUGCUGAAACUAGAAACAUUUGCUGCAUCAAUUGCUCAGUUCAUAGGCUUGGAGUUACCUCCUGUGAAUUUCUUUGGAAUAGCACGUCGAUAUCUUCAGAGAUUAUCUCUUCCUUCUGAAAAGAUUCUUCCUCAUGUAAGCCGCAUAUAUGAAUGGGCCAUGCCUCCAGAUUUGUGGUUAUCCUUAUCCGAAAGACAUUUUAAGCUACCUAUUCAUGUUUGUGUGAUGUCAAUUCUGGUUGUAGCAAUAAGAAUGUUGUUUAACAUAAAUGGUUCGGGAGAAUGGGAGAAAAGUUUGUCCAACAAAGGUAAUACCAAAGACAAUGGUGAGAAGGGUACAGCUUUUUCCUCCUGUGAUAGACCUAAUUCUAGUGAAGAAGAUUCGGAUAAAGACAAAAUGAAACAACAGGAAAAUGAAUUAGACACUUCAGGACUUCUCCAACACCUUCAAGCAAUAUAUAAUGAUCUUGCAGAUAUCCAAGAGUAUUCAAAAGACCUGUCGACAUAUCUCAAACACUGUAGGGAUGUUAUCUUUGCUGGGUCAGAGGCGUCAUAUGGGAAUUACGAAGAAGAAAAGAUGAUAGAGUACUUAUGGAACUUUUAUAUGAAUGAAAAGGAUACUAAGCCUUCAGUACAUGGAGAACAAUCUAACAGGUCUCUUAAUCAAACAAGGUCGAGGGAUAAUGCAUCGGUUGGUAGGACAUCUCAGAGGGAGAGGACAAGUAAAGAACAUUCUAAUCAGCCAUCUCUUAAUGACGCCACCAGCCUUGGAAAUCAUUUACCUGAAAAUGUGGAUAAAGAUGAUGGGGACAAUGACAAGGACAAUGAUUCCUCAAAGAGUUUUAGAGGCCGUGAUGAAUCAGAUUCCAAUGCGCACAGUUCAGAAAAACCUCAUGUCAAGGAAGCCAUUGCACGGAUGAAGUUAGACAUGGAGGAGAAUAGGUUCUACUAUAUACCACCUAUUGUCAAGAAGAAAAGACGACACAAUUAUCUUCACUAUGUGAGGAAGAUAGAUGAAGGUGCCUUGGAGUAUGUUGCUCAUGCUGAUUACUACAUCCUGCUUCGGGCUUGCGCUAGGGUCGCACAAGUUGACGUUCGGAUUAUGCAUAUUGGUGUGUUGAAGCUCGAAAGAAGACUUGCUUGGUUAGAGGAACAGAUCGACGAAUGCUUGCAGUUGAAACCAGAGAAAAUUUCGUGCAAGUUCUGCAGUGAUGCGGCCCCUGAAAAUGAAUCUGAUGAUGUACCUGGGCUGUCAGAUUUGGAUAUUUGAGAAUUAUUUUUCCUUGUUAUAGUUUAAAAAUCAAUGCUUCGUACACAUUUUGAUGGUUUCAACAUAACAGGUUAAGAUGGAAGUUUAUUAUGAAUAUCAAGGAUCAAUGUAGUCAUGUAGAUAAACUUUAUGACCAACUUUAUACUUAAAAAAAGAUGUCAAACUCGAGAGAGAGUACUAUUCUCAGUAUUUUAGUUAAUAUAUAAAUUUUCAAAAAACAGAUCUAACAGGAACUUAUCAUAAUGCAAACUGUUUGGUUAUAGCUGCCUCUGAAUCGAAUGCAAGAGAGCGAAAGCAAAUAGAGCAGUGAGGGAGAAAGAAGGAGGAAUGAGGCAAUGGCGGUAAUGGAGGCCACUGUGGAUGCUAGAUCUGCCACUGAAGAAGAAAGUCGUUCGAGAGAGGGGAGCUUCCAACGAGGCAUAUGCUACUCUGUUGUACGGUGAGGAAUCCUUAUAAUCCAGUCGGUGAAUGACAGCUUCAAGUUCCACUCCUCCAUGAUAUUGUAGAUUCAAGAACCAGUUUGGAGUUUUAUGUGAAGGUCACCAUUAUGCCAGAUUUAAGAAACAGAUUUACACGAAAGUCACCAUUAUGGACUGGGAUUCGGGAUUUGUUCAACCGCCUCUGAAUCGAAUGCGAGCGAAAGCAAAUAGAGCAGUAAGGGAGAAAGAAGGAGGUUAGAUUGAGAAAGAAAGGAGGAAUGAGUCAAUGACAUAUGCUACUCUGUUGUACGGUAAGGAAUUUUUUCUUGGGAAAUUGAUUUGCAACAGUAGAUCCAAGAAGGACAUGUUUGUUGUGAUCUCGGAUGGAGUCUCUGAUUGCCUGCAACCUCCCCCAGGGAUUAAUUAAUGUGAAUUAUGAAUCAGAAGUGGAACACGAAUUUAUUUCUAUAUUUCGGAAGGGAUGGAGAGGUCCUUAUGUUGCUGUUUCUCUGGAUAGGGUUGUGGAUGUUGAUAGAAAUCUAGGAGAUGAAAAGUUGGUUACUGAUGGAUUUCAAGAACCCAUAGACAUGUUAGAAUCACUGACAUUAGAUUUUGAGGCCAGUGAAUUUGAGCAAUAGAACAUCCGAGGUGGUGAUUGUCUCUCAUGGAGUCUUUGAUUAUGCCAACAAUGUCCUCCAGGAACAACUUCUCUGACAAAGCUCAAGGUGUGAAAUCUGUUGCAAUGUGCUCCGGCUGAAGUUGCACCUGCCAAAGCGUGGGAAUCAAACACAAGGCAUGUUUUCUUCCAAUUGCCAAGCCAGCGAGUUCAGUCAUGUCCACAUCAUCAGGCUUCAUCCUAUUGGGGAGUUGCCAAUUGAAAUGGUAAAGUAAGAGAGCCAAAGGAAGUGUAACGCUGGCCAACACCAAAAGUCAUGCCAGGGCAUAUUCUUCUUCCUGCCCCAAAUGGUAAAUACUCAAAAUUAUUCCCUUUGAAGUCCAAAGAACUUUCUUCAAAUCUCUCAGCAUAGCCAUGAAUGUUGGUUGCUUCGGUGCAUUCUCUAGGGAUCAACAAUGGAGUUGAAUCAGAGGUCGCUGAUCUACGCUUUCGUUUCUCGCGGGACCGUGAUUCUUGCCGAGUACACUGAAUUUUCAGGGAACUUCAACUCCAUCGCUUUCCAGUGCCUUCAGAAGCUACCCGCUACCAACAACAAGUUCACCUACAACUGCGAUAAUCACGCCUUCAAUUACCUUGUUGACAAUGGAUACAAUUUACGAUAGGGUUUAAAGAGAUUCUUCCUUUAAUUAUUUGGGUUGACAAAGUGGCCCAACGGCCCAAGGGUCCAAGAGAACAAAAAGAGGAAUACAAAAAAACGUCACCCCAUCCUUAGGCUGGAGCAAGGAACAGCAACAUCCGCGGUGUCAUGGAUCAGGUUACUGGAGGCAAAUGGCGUACUGGAACGGCCGGCGCAUCCUAGCAUCUACGCUCUCACGGGCUCUCUCUUCGUCUUCCUCUGCACCUGCAACUGUUUCUCGAUCUCGUUCUCGCUUGCCUUUUGCUCUGUGUGCCGCCAAAUGUCUGUUUGUAUUUGUAUUGCCCCCAAAGGUGUUGCUGCGAUGUGUCGAUGUUGCAUGGGAGGGACACCUUUGGUUGUUUCUUGGAAAAAUUUGAAAAGAAUAGCUUUCUUUGGUUUCAUUGUUGUUAUCCGACCUAUUUUGUAUGAUGUCCGAGUUCUUUUUGGUGAUACAUCUUUCACUUUGCCUUUUUAGGGGUAGACUUUAUGUCUCGUUUGACUGUUUUCAGCAUGUCGACUAAGGUUCCUUCUAGUAUUUUAGCCUGGGUAGAUACCAAUGUCUUGUCUUGUGUUCUUGCAGUGGAUAGGGAGUACUACGAGGCUUACCGUAGACAUCAUAGGAUUUGUGAGAAUAGGGAGGAUGAGAAAAAUUAUAAACUGGUAGCCCUCGAUUCUGAGGAGAGGGUUUGUUUUCCACCUUUAGAUAGGUUGGAGCGUCCUUUCUUUUAUGCUUAUGAUUGCUUUUUUACCAAGCUAGGCACAUCCUUUCUUUUUACUGACUUUGAGACCGACUUCCUCUGGUCUUGUAAUGUGGCCUCUUCUCAGCUUCAUCCAAACUCUUGAGCUUUUCUAAAAAAUUUUCAGCUUCUAUGUCGAGAGCUGGAUGUCCCACCUUCCACUGAACUCUUUCUUUACUUGUUUGUUUUGACCAAGCCCGGGAUGCUAAAAGGGAAGGCCUCUUGGUUUUCCUUCUGUGCCGUUCAGGACAGGAAUGGGUUUUCUAUUUUUGAUGAGUCUUUCCAUGAUUUUAAAAAUACUUUUUUUAAGGUCUGAGCUGUGGAGGGUGCCUAACCUUUCUUUUUGGAUGAAAAUGACGAGCCAACCUUUUCCCUAUUCUGGAAAAAGCACCUUGUAGUAAUCAAGUACACCAUAGAUAGUUUAAACGAGGUUGAAAAAGCCUUCAUGGACGUGUUACACGAGUGUUGGGGCCGGGCUCCUCACUUGGACACAAAGAGGUUUUUAGGGGACCCUAGUCAACUUUGUUCCGAGUUAGGUAAUUUUCCGACCUUUAACUUUUAUA